UGCAAUGAGAGGAUUCAAUCCCCAUCCCAGACUGUCGGGAUCUCUGCAGCUUCCAGAGCUGGCAGGGGCUGGGAGUGCUGCCUAGGUAGGUCCCUGGAGAAGGGAGUGGCAAGAGGAUUCGGAGUCACCGUGUUCGGAGAUUGGAAGAAACCUGGACGAAGUUGAGAAGCAUCACUUGUCUGUAUCGUAGAAGUAACAAGAAAAUUUCAGAAAUUGGCAACCGGCGGAUGUGCAUCUUCCUUUACCUGCACUGACUGGCAUUUUGAGUUCUUGAAAGGAGUGGUUGGAAGAAGAGAAUGCAGAAUCUUGGACAUGGCUCUCAUCCUGGAACAGACCUGGAGUUCAGAAUUUCUCUUACUGUCCGUGUGACGGGGCUUACUUUGUUUCCUUUUUUUCGAUACUCAUUUACAUUAUGGGGUGAAGAAGGUUGUUGAUUGCAGGAGCUCAAGUUACCUCAAAAAAAGUCUGAAACCUUUUUUUUAACUGUAAUUUGAAGUUUCAAAAUGACAAAGUGCUAUAUCUGAGGAUUUUUUUCCUCCUGAUUACUUUGGUCAUCCCAAAGGCCUAUGCCUGAACAUAACUUGUAUACUUAUCUACAAGGGAAAGAGCAACUCUGCCGCCUCCUUUUUCAUAUCCUGAAGAAAAGUCCCCGAAGAGCUAUUUAACAAUUUGUGCAUUUCAUAAGUAUACAUUUUUAUGACCUGGUCCUGUAGACGGGAAGGAGCCUGGACACAGUGACACAUUCUCAAAGGCCCUGCAGGACCACCAUGGCUUAUGAUGACUCCGUGAAGAAAGAAGAUUGUUUUGAUGGUGAUCAUACCUUUGAGGACAUAGGACUUGCAGCUGGCCGAAGCCAACGAGAGAAAAAACGUUCUUACAAAGAUUUUUUAAGGGAAGAGGAAGAAAUUGCUGCUCAGGUCAGGAAUUCUUCCAAGAAGAAGUUGAAGGAUAGUGAACUUUACUUCUUGGGGACGGACACACACAAGAAGAAGAGGAAGCACUCCUCUGAUGAUUACUACUAUGGAGAUAUUUCGUCUUUGGAAUCGUCACAGAAGAAAAAGAAAAAGUCCAGCCCACAGUCUACUGAUACAGCUAUGGACCUGUUGAAAGCUAUCACUUCCCCACUGGCAGCAGGCUCCAAGCCCUCUAAAAAGACUGGGGAGAAAUCCUCUGGCUCUUCAAGCCAUUCGGAGAGUAAAAAGGAGCACCACAGGAAGAAAGUCAGUGGAAGCAGUGGGGAACUACCCCUGGAGGAUGGUGGCUCCCACAAAUCGAAAAAAAUGAAACCUCUCUAUGUGAACACAGAGACACUGACCCUUCGGGAGCCUGAUGGUUUAAAAAUGAAACUUAUUCUGUCACCAAAGGAGAAGGGAAGCAGCUCUGUUGAUGAGGAGUCUUUUCAAUAUCCCUCCCAACAAGCGACUGUGAAAAAAUCCUCAAAGAAAUCAGCUCGGGAUGAGCAGGGUGCUUUACUCCUAGGACAUGAGUUACAGAGCUUUCUGAAAACAGCCCGGAAAAAGCACAAGUCAUCCUCAGACGCACAUUCAUCUCCUGGCCCUGAAGGCUGUGGGUCUGAUGCCUCCCAGUUCGCAGAGUCCCACAGUGCUAACCUUGAUCUUUCAGGGCUUGAACCUAUUCUGGUAGAAUCAGACUCGUCCUCUGGUGGGGAACUAGAGGCUGGGGAGUUAGUGAUAGAUGAUUCUUACCGAGAAAUCAAGAAGAAAAAGAAGUCAAAGAAGAGCAAAAAGAAGAAAGACAAGGAGAAGCAUAAAGAGAAGCGACACUCCAAGUCCAAGAGAAGUUCAGGACUUUCUGCCGUGCCAGUGGGAGAGGUCACAGUGACAUCUGGCCCUCCUCCCAGCAUCCCAUACGCUGGAGCAGCAGCACCUCCCCUGCCACUUCCUGGCCUCCACACAGAUGGGCAUAGUGAAAAAAAAAAGAAAAAAGAAGAGAAGGACAAAGAGAGAGAGAGAGGAGAAAAGCCAAAAAAGAAGAACAUGUCGGCCUACCAGGUGUUCUGUAAAGAGUAUCGCGUGACCAUUGUGGCUGACCAUCCAGGUAUAGAUUUUGGGGAACUUAGUAAAAAACUGGCUGAGGUGUGGAAGCAAUUACCAGAAAAAGACAAACUGAUUUGGAAGCAAAAAGCUCAGUAUCUGCAGCACAAACAGAACAAAGCAGAAGCCACAACUGUGAAAAGGAAAGCAUCCAGCUCAGAAGGUUCCAUGAAAGUCAAAGCCUCUUCUGUAGGAGUACUGUCACCCCAGAAGAAGUCCCCACCCACCACCAUGCUGUUACCAGCCUCACCAGCCAAAGCCCCUGAGACAGAGCCCAUUGAUGUUGCUGCUCAUCUUCAGCUGUUGGGAGAGUCCCUAAGCCUCAUUGGACACCGUCUGCAGGAAACUGAGGGUAUGGUGGCUGUGUCUGGCAGUUUGUCAGUGCUUCUGGAUUCCAUUAUCUGUGCCCUUGGCCCCUUGGCAUGUCUCACCACACAACUACCUGAAUUGAAUGGCUGUCCCAAACAGGUCUUGUCAAACACAUUAGACAACAUUGCUUACAUCAUGCCGGGACUGUGACAGCAAAGAAUCCUGGGACAGAAACCUUAUCCUACACCAUUGCUGGUUUGUGUAUAUAUGACUGUUCCAGAUUCCUUCACUGGCCUCUGGGUGUAGGUUUUAAAUUUUUAUAUCUAUACAUACAUAUAUACAUAUAUAUAUAAUGUACAAUAUAUACAUACGACUGUAACUACUUUGCUUUUAAUAAUUUUAUGAAAUGGCAAAGGUUUAGCCAAGAGGAAAUUUUGGCAUGAAUACAGGCUUGGGAUUCUUUUUUCUCCUGUGGUGGAUAAAUCUGCCUUAAAAAUCAAUGUAACUUGGGGGCUGGGGGCUUGUUCUGGGUGCCAAGCGCAUCUCUUUAUGGACAGCUAAAAUGUGAUUAUUUUCCAAGCUCAGUUGGACCUCCAGACCCAUCACUGACCAUUUGCCUUACCUGUCUUAGUCUGAAAUGUAAUAGGAAAGAUAACGGGAAGAUGCCAGUUGACUGAAAAUUCAAAGCCUUUCAAUUUGAAGUGACCUAGGUGGGAGGUGAUAAAAUUUGUUCCCUUUAUAGUUAUGGAGGUGGCUUAGGUGAAUUGAGUAGAGGGUUCAUUCCAAUUCCUACUGUAUAAGUGUCUGUGUCUCAAAAUUUAUUGUAAUCAUUGGUACCAUUGGUGGCCUCAACAGAGGCCAAGGAGUUCUGUGAGCCCUGGCAGCAAAAAACACCUUGGGGGGUGAAGCUGUCAAUGCCACCAGUUGGACCUCCAUACAUUCUGAGCUAACCCAGAAUCUUUAGUCGGCAAAAUUAAGUGCUGGUGUCCUUCACUGGCAGCAUGAAGUUAGCCACCAAGUCCUCACAAGCCGUGCUGCUUAGUUGCUCGGUGGUUAUGGAUAAACUUUGCCCAGCAUGAUUUUUGGGUUCAUCUUAUCGGUUCCCCUGGUGGGCAGAUACACAGUGUUCUGCAUUCCACAUGUAAGUGAAUUGCAAAAACAAAACAAAACUCACUCUCUUGUAGGUUUAUUUAUGUGUGUGUGAAUGUGUAUUUUAAUUAUGUGUAUUUAACUCUUUAAAAUCUCUUAGAUUUUAAUUUAUCCUGUAAAUUUCUGUAUAUAUAAUUUAAUAACAGAAGCCUCCACCAGCAACAGCAUGUGGAAGAUACAGAUUUGUCAUUUCUCCCUUCCGCCCUCCCUUCUUUCCUUCCUUCCUUCCCCGUUUCCUUCCCUCUUUCCUUCCUUCCUCCUGGUCUGUUCCAAAAACUCUGAAUCAUCUACAUUUUAAGGUAUUUUACCUCAAAAAUGAAUCAUUGUGUUAGGAUUCUAAUUCUUUAUAAAGAACUUCAUGGGCUUCAAUAAUGUCUAGAAAGUAAAAUAAAGAGGAAUGUUACCAUCCCCAGCUGCCCUUAUUUCCAGAGAACCAGACGUUUCCCAGUUGGAAAGAAGACAGUUGAGCACUUCAGGAUGGUUUUUAAAUUUGGUGUGAGAUUCUCUGCCAACACCAAGCUCUGAGUUAACUGUGCUUUCUUCUCCUGGCCCUGACAGAGCACUACAGCAUCAAAGUAAAUCUUUGGGGACAGUGUAGCCCAUCUGCAUCCUAUUUAAUUUCUUCCCUUCUCUCCACCAGUGUUGUCACAGGGCUAUGUUGCUUAAAGGUAGUCUGGCUGCUGAAUCCCUGCUCAGAGCAGUUUUAAGAUUUAAUUGGGAAUACAGAGAAAGAAACAGGAUUGUUUGAGAACCAAAAUCAAGAGGAACAGAAAUCUUAACUUGAUUUCAUGUGUUAGAACAUUGUACCAUGCCUCUUCUGUAUCUGUGGAAGUUUCCUGUUUGACACAGGGUAUCUAGGAGGGGCGGGGAAGACAUGGAUAGUGUAGGAAGACAUUAAUCCUAGCAUUGUCAUUUAUAUACAUUAAUGAAAUCCUGAUGAGGACCUGCUUUUUGUUUGUUUUCCUUUGAAACCCAGCCCUAUUGUAUUUGUAUUUAAAAUUUGUACACAUUUGUAUAAUAAUCUGUACCUUGUGGUAUUUGGUACUAUUAGAGGAAAAACUUUGGAUUCAGACCUUCUUGGAGUUUUUAUAUCAUUGUUUUAUUUUGUUUUUUAAAUAAAUUCUAGUGGUUUGAUCCAAAUCCCAUUACAGUUGUAUAAAGAAAUAAAAUUUUGUACUUAUAUUAUUAAAAAUCACAUUUUUAAUAUUUGUA